AUGGCUUCAACCACAUCAAGGUUCAUCAAAUGUGUGACAAUGGGAGAUGGGGCUGUUGGGAAGACCUGCAUGCUUAUGUGCUAUACAAGCAACACUUUCCCUACUGACUAUGUACCGACGGUGUUCGAUAAUUACAGUGCAAAUGUGGUCGUUGAAGGCACCGCCGUCAACUUAGGCCUCUGGGAUACUGCUGGGCAAGAAGAUUAUGAUAAGCUAAGGCCAUUGAGCUACAGAGGAGCAGAUGUCUUUGUUCUAGCUUUCUCCCUCGUUUGUCAGUCGAGUUAUGAGAACGUAUCGAAAAGGUGGAUCCGUGAACUUCAACGUUACGCUCCUGAAGUUCCAAUAGUACUUGUUGGCACUAAAUUAGAUCUUCGAGAGGAUGAGCAUUAUUGCGCUGAUCAUCCUGAAUCAGUUGUGACCCCAGCACAGGGUGAGGAACUCCAAAAACAGAUUGGUGCAUCAUAUUACGUCGAAUGCAGCUCAAAAACUCAGCAGAAUGUGAAAGCAGUAUUCGAAGCAGUAAUCGAGGUAGUCAUGAAACCACCGCAGAAGGAGGAGGAGAAAAAGAAACUCGCGUGGCGCAGACUCAUAUUAAAAAUCAUUGGAGCGAAGAGGCUGCUGCGUUUGAAAAGAAUUUCUUCCUCCUCCUCUCGAUCAGACUAA